AACGUCUGAAUUUCAAAUCCCUCUUUCUUUCUUCUUAAUCCACCGCCCCUUUUCAAGAUUUUGUCUUUUUUCGUUAUACUCACACCCCCUUUAAUCCUUACUAGCGUCUCUUAAUUGCUUUUUCAGUUCCUUUACAACAGUAGCACAACAAAUGGAGGGCCUUUGUUGCUGAGGAGAUUUGCAGCUUUACAUUAGCUUCUUCGUUGAACGAAGCUAAUUUCAAGUUCACCUGAUCAUCAAAUAUGGUUGGUGGCCCUUUAGGUCGGAAAUGUAAAACGAACGGCUCCAUCUGUAGUAAAGUUGAGGAAAAGCAGUUAGAUGCCCCAGUUCCUACUUCAGUGUCAUCUGUUCGGAGAUCUCCUGUUUUAUCUAGCAAGGACACCACCCAAAUUCUAAAGAAGAAUUUAUCACUUGCUUUUAGCACAAAAGUUUUGUGUGGAAAAGAAACAGAAAGUACACGGGAGUUGAGGAGCGCUGAGACAAGGAAUAGAAGUUCAUUUUCCGCACCUACAAUUAGUUCUUCUGGAAAAACUAAUACAGAAAAGCAAAACGAUCAUACAGUCCAAGUCCUGCAAAUGAAGACAAGGUUAAAAAAAGGUUCGGAAUUAGAAGCAAUUAAGACAAGCCAAGUGAAAGAUGCUCCUGCUCCUAGAAGACCACCCUUGCCUCCUGUAACUAAGAAAAUCAAGAAGAUUUCAGCCGCCGCGCCUCAAGUCCUACAGGAAAUAACGCCAACCCAGACUUCUAGCCAUCAAUCACAACCAACACCUAGACAUACAAAGAGCUCUGAACUUCAGAAGACUUCAUCUAAGACCCAGCUUUCACGUCAAAAGACGCAGGGCAAAACUCCUGUCCAUCAAUCCAAAUAUCAAAAGGCUCCAACUUCAGAUAUUUCGCAAAAAAGGACCCUCAACCAGAAUUCGAUGGGAAAGACAAGGAUCCCUACUUCCAUCAGGCAAUCUAAAUCGUCCACAAGUACCAAGGAGCCUUUAAGAAUUAAUGAAGAGCCUAUCCACCAUAUUAUAUGGGAAGGUCCGGAUGAAACAUUUGAAUCUUCUGGAAUCACUUGCCCACUAUGUGAAAAUGAUCUGUCUUACAUGCCUGCUGAAUAUGUAGAUGAAUAUUAUGAUGAUGUUGAGCCUUUGGUUCUCCCAAAUGUUGCUAUUUUUCCGUGUGGUCAUUCUUUUCACAGUGUAUGCUUAGAUGGAAUUGCCCCUGAAGAAAACUCAGGUGAUCCUCCAUGCUAUUUUUGUCUCAGUUGCAUGUCUUGAGAAUUAUGAGUCCCAUCUCGUUUCUUCCGGAUUCUCAAAUCAAUUUGUUGGGGGCAUUCUUGAAGCGGCUUCAAGUAAAUUUUGCCACGUGUACAGAUCCCUUAUGGUCUCUUUCCCUUUCGACUGUGUAGCCGCUCUAGCAGAUACUAUGAGCCCUUUGUCCCACGUAUCUAACCAGCUCAGUGGGUCACCGGUUCUGCCAAAAACUCUCAUAUCAUGAAGCUUUGGAUGCGUUUGAAAGCCUCGAUAUGACUUGCAGAAUAAAGUCUUUCUUCAAUUUCAGCUGCUCAUUUUAGUUCAAUUUUUUUUGUCAAUUUAGAAAUAGCAAUAUAUUGAGGCCAAUUUCUCAAGAUUAUUUCCAGGAUUUUACAUGCUUAUUAAAAGAUCUCAGAGCUUCAGUUUUGGCAUGGUUUC